GGGACUUGGAAACCUGUUUGGUGAUUGGCUGUGGUGAGCGGAGGGCGUGCCGACGGUGGCGGCGUGCGUUUGCCUAUGUGACACAAUUACAACAACUUUGAGCCGAUGGUUGGGGAAGUUUGCGAUAUAAUCAAGUAACACUCCCUCCAAAAACCCAACAUUACAUCAACUUCAUGCACAAAUUGACACUGGAAUACACGCUGUGUUUGGAUGUACAAUGAGGAGAGUGGAAGGUAACUUGAAGGGAUCAUUUCCUUGAGGAUUUGGCAAGAAUUAACGCUACGCCCCGUUUUAGUCCUGGAGAGCUGUCGUUGUUCCUGCAUCCCUCCGGAGUUGCUCGGUUUCGUCGAUCGUCCCGUCUUUUUCCCAUGAAAUCGUGCGGGGUGUCGCUCACAGCCGCUGCCUCUGCUGCUGCUCGGAGUCUCGGCGUUGCUGGUAAUGACGAGGAGAAAAUGGCGUCGGGAGCAGCGACUGAAAUCGAAGAGGACUUUCCGAAGCUAACAUCGCAAGAAAAAGAGAGCUUGCGUGGGCUGGACAGUUCACUGUUUGGAUUUCAUAGGCUUCAAGAAGAUGGCGCCAGAACGAAGGCCUUGCUGUUAAAGGCUGUUAGCUGCUACGAUGCCCUCAUCCUGAAAGCAGAGGGCAAAGUGGACCCUGACAUUUUCUGCCAGCUGGGACACUUUAACCUCCUGCUGGAGGACUAUCCAAAAGCAUUAUCUGCAUACCAGAGGUACUUCAGUUUACAGUCAGACUACUGGAAGAAUGCUGCCUUUUUAUACGGCCUUGGGAUGGUUUACUUCCAUUACAACGCAUUUCAGUGGGCGAUCAAGGCGUUCCAGGAGGUGCUUUAUAUCGACCCCGGUUUCUCAAGAGCUAAAGAGAUUCACCUGAGACUGGGACUCAUGUUCAAAGUCAACACGGACUACGAGUCGAGUUUAAAGCAUUUUCAGCUGGCUCUGAUCGACUCCAACCUCUGCACUUUGUCCAAAGCUGAAAUCCAGUUCCACAUCGCUCAUUUGUAUGAGAGCCAGAAGAAAUACCGAGCGGCGAAAGAAGCGUAUGAAAGUCUGCUGCAGACAGAGAAUCUUCCUGCACAGGUGAAGGCCAUCACUCUGCAACAACUGGGCUGGAUGCAUCACACAGUGGAGCAGCUUGGCGAUAAAGGCACCAAGGACAGCUAUGCCAUCCAGUGUCUGCAGAAGUCUCUAGAAGCAGACCCAAACUCCGGACAGUCCUGGUACUUCCUUGGCAGGUGCUACUCCAGUAUUGGGAAGGUGCAGGAUGCCUUCAUCUCUUACCGCCAGUCCAUCGACAAGUCGGAGGCCAGUGCUGACACCUGGUGCUCCAUAGGGGUUCUCUACCAGCAGCAGAACCAGCCUAUGGACGCUCUGCAGGCCUACAUCUGUGCUGUUCAGCUGGACCACAGCCACGCUGCCGCCUGGAUGGACCUGGGGACCCUGUAUGAGUCCUGCGGGCAGCCGCACGAUGCCAUCAAGUGCUACAUCAACGCUACACGCAGCAAGGCCUGCCUCAACACGGCCGCACUCACACAACGCAUUAAACUGCUGCAGGCUCAGCUGUGUAACCUUCAGCCAGGUAGUCUGCAGAAUAAAAGUAAAAUGCUUCCCAGUAUUGAGGAGGCGUGGAGCCUUCCCAUCCCUGCUGAGCUCACGUCCAGGCAGGGGGCCCUGAACACAGCACACUCACAGCAGGCCUGUAAGGGGGAUGGACUCCAAACUGCCAGCAAUCACACAGACUCACAGGCCAGUCCCGCCAAGAAGAAACGCACUGCCAGCCCAGCCAAGGGCGCUGCAGAUUCGUGGGUGAACAGCCCCAAUCAGCAGCAGGCCCCCAGCUGGUACCUAACGCCACAGAAACUCCAGCAAUUGGACCACCUGCGGAGCAACCGAGCAAACCUCAAGCCCCCCCAGGUGCAGAUGUUAGAGCAGCUGGAGAACCAGUUCUCUCUCAUGCAGCAGCAUCAGCAGCAGAUGAGGCAGCAGGCAGCAGCAGGAGGUCAGCCUCGGCCCGGCCUUCCAAACGGUCCUUUGGCUGAGCCCUCCUGUCACCCUGCAGGCCUCACCCGCUCCUCGCCCCUCAACCACACAGCCAUCCGGGCCCCGUGCAUCGCCCAGCCCACAGCCAACGGGUCGUGUUCUUCAAGUCCUUCGGCGGGGCUGCCGGGACACCUGGACAAGAACCACAGCCUGGGCCUGGGGGGUGGCGGCGCGAGCAACGGAAACGUGCCUUACCCGCAGCAGAACUCUCUACCUCACAACUGCACAGCCGCCAGUCAGCCCAGCACCAGCAGCACUACCAGUAGUCCCAGUCACACCGACGAGAGCUGGAGGAGCCAGCAACGCAACACUAACACUCAGGGGCUUCUCAAAGGUCCAGGUUCACAUUCGGCCGGUCCCAAUGGCGAACCAUCUUUCUCUUCCUCCUCGUCCCCACAGACCUCCUUCUCUUCCUCUGCCAUUCUGAAUCAGGUCGGACAUUCCUCUGGGCCCUGCACUGCCUCCUCCUCGGCCUCCUCCUUGUCCCCCACCUCCCCCCAGUCAACGCCCAACCACCUCUCCUCACCCCCCCACACUGCUACUACCUCAGGGGUCCACACCAAAGACGCCACGCCUUCAGUGGGCAGCAACGCUUUGCCAUCAGGUCCGGAGGCCGCCAUCAGGCAUCCUGCAGGGACACCUUUAAGUCCAGGCUCCGCCACCGCGCCGGGAUUGACUAAUCACGUCCAGCCGCGGGUGACGGAUGGCUCUGUGAGCCUGUCUCAGCCCGGCUCUCCCGCCCCCAGCGUGCUCACUUCAGACAAUCCUCCGCUCUCAGCCUUGUUAAAGGGAAAAGCCAAUGCCACCAGUAACGACAACAACAAUAACUACAGUAACCAUGGAGGGCCUUCCUCAGAGAAAGUCAACAACGUCCACCCGGGUCUCCACAGUGCCACCAAACCGGCGUCCGAGCAAUCUGUCAGCACGCCGUCUCCUCCCUCUGCAGACCCCCACACCACAAACAGCCUCUCCUGCCUUAACAGCCCGUCCAAUCAGAGGCCCACCAUCAACGGGGAGGGCCCUGAGGACUCCCAGAGCCCGCUGAAGGAGGAGCCGUCAGGAACAGCUCACAGACAUGGCAUUCCCGCCAGUCUGGCUCCGUGGUCGUCUGUGUCCAUCUACCCCAGCUCCAGUGAGGUGCUCAAAGUCUGCAGAAAUCUGGGGAAGAAUGGCCUGUCAACAAGUGGCAUCCUACUGGACAAAUGUCCCCCUCCUCGACCCCCUUGCCCUCCGUCUCCUCUGCUGCCAAAGGACAAACUCAACCCCCCCACGCCCAGUAUUUAUCUAGAAAACAAGAGGGACGCCUUCUUCCCUCCACUUCAUCAGUUCUGCACCAACCCUGCCAACCCGGUCACCGUCAUCAGAGGGCUGGCCGGGGCGCUCAAACUGGACCUGGGCCUGUUCUCUACAAAGACGCUGGUGGAGGCCAACCCAGACCACCUGGUGGAGGUGCGGACUCAGCUGGCUCAGCCCACGGACGAGAAUUGGGACCCGAGCGGCAGCAAGAAGAUGUGGCGCUGUGAGAGCAGCCGCUCGCACACGACCAUUAUCAAAUACGCUCAGUACCAGGCAUCGUCCUUCCAGGAGUCUCUGAGGGAGGAGAACGAGAAGAAGAAGGAGAUGGAAGCAGAUUCUAGUUCAGACAGUGUUUUUAGACGCAGGAAAGGUCUUUUCAAACACAUCAAGUUUGGCACCAACAUCGACCUCUCUGAUGAAAAGAAGUGGAAACAGCAGCUUCAGGAGUUGUCCAAACUUCCUGCAUUUUCUCGUGUGGUAUCGGCUGGUAACCUGCUGAGCCACGUGGGUCACACCAUCCUGGGCAUGAACACGGUGCAGCUCUACAUGAAGGUACCGGGGAGCCGGACUCCAGGUCACCAAGAGAAUAACAACUUCUGCUCGGUAAACAUCAACAUCGGUCCUGGAGAUUGUGAGUGGUUCGCUGUUCCGGAGACAUACUGGGGCGUCAUCAACGAUCUAUGUGAAAAAAACAACAUCAACUUCCUGAUGGGCUCGUGGUGGCCGAACCUGGAGGACCUGUACGAGACCAACGUGCCUGUUUACCGGUUCAUCCAGCGCCCAGGCGACCUGGUGUGGCUCAACACGGGGACCAUCCACUGGGUUCAGGCCAUCGGAUGGUGCAACAACAUCGCGUGGAAUGUGGGUCCGCUCACAGCUCAUCAGUACAAGCUGGCGGUGGAGCGCUACGAGUGGAACAAGCUGCAGAGCGUCAAAUCUAUCGUUCCCAUGAUCCACCUCUCCUGGAACAUGGCGAGGAACAUCAAAGUGUCUGACCACAAGCUCUUCGAGAUGAUCAAGUAUUGUCUGUUGAGGACCCUGAAGCAGUGUCAGAUGCAGAGGGAGCUCCUGUUGAAUGCUGGGAAAGAGUUGGUUUGGCACGGAAGGACGCAGAACGAGCCGGCUCAUUACUGCAGCAUCUGUGAGGUGGAGGUGUUCAACCUACUCUUCGUCACCAGUGAGAGCAACAGCAGGAAAACGUAUGUGGUGCACUGUCAGGACUGCGCCCGCAGGGGGAGCUCUAACUUGGACAACUUUGUAGUGCUGGAGCAGUACAAGGUCGAGGACCUCAUGCAGGUUUACGACCAGUUCACACUUGCGAGCCCCCUGCCCUCCUCCUCCUGAUGCUCCAUGCUUUGGAAAUCUCCAGAAACUCUUCUUCUUCUUCUUCUAUUCUGAUAUUCAGGAAGUGAGCGGGUGGCCCUCAAAUGGCGCUCUGUAGCUCUCCCAUAAGGCAGCUGUGUGAAAGCUGUGUGUCUAUGCAACCAGCCCCGGAGCCGUCAGAGCUCCGUCUCCUCCAUCACGACCAGACUGUUCUCCUCCUGCUCGCCCAGCAAACACAAAAACAUCCCCAGAAUGAAUUCAAGUUUUGUACAUAUUCUGUUCUCACACAAAGACUACUGAAUCUUCUUUUUUUUUUCUCCAUUUUUCUGUUUGUGAGUCGAGCUUCGGCUGCCGUCGCUCUUCCUCUGUACGUUAUAGCUCCUUGCCCUCCUCCUUGCCCUCAGUCAGGAAAACUACGUUUUUGUAAUGUGAAAAGUUGAUGACAAAUUCUUUACCACAUUUACCCCUCUGUGUCUUUUUAAAAAUCAUUUAUUUUGGAGAUUUACUUUCAUAAAAAACAGAGGAGAUGAUUUUCAGCCACGUCACCGAGAAAAAGGGUUGCACACAGAAAAAGAGUGAAUUUGUGUUUCUUUUUUAUUUUAAUGUAAAUUUACACUAUUUAUAAAUGCAUAUUUAUUGCUUGAAAAUAUUUGUUGAUGGAAUGCUGUAAUUUUUUUCCAGAGUACCUGCCAUUAAAUGUGAGUGAGCGCUGGGUUUUAAACAGCGGCUCCUCCGACGUUUUCUAUAAAUGAACUACUUAGUAAGCGUUGUACAGAGACCUUACCGGACAUAGGUUUAUGUUUGAAGGAUGUUUUAUGAGUCAAUAAACAAGAACUGUCUUUAUUUA